AUGACUUCCACUCACGUUGACCGCGCUACCUUCGUGCGCCGUCUUAUAGCUACCAGAAACCUCUCAUCUGUACAGGGAAUUCUAUUCGAUGCGAGCGACAUCUCCUCCUCUGGGGUAACUGUGCCAGUCCCUAUCCAUCGUGGAUUCGAACGCCAGCGGCGUGUGUGCGACCUUAAUACGUCCAUUUACCUUGGGGAGCCCAGGGAUGAAGGGGGCGUAAUCGCCCUCGUCCAAUUUCCCAACCUUCACAGCCUACGGCUUCCAGUAGGAACCGAUCAUUGGACCGCCAUCCAAGGGUCAUACUACAUUCUAGUGAUCAAAACCAAUCGGUACAUCGCAUACGAUGCUCACUCUCAGGACAUACGCCCAGUCGCAGACGCUCUGCUCAGAUAUUUUUUCCCUAUGGACACUGAUUCCGCGCCAUCCGCUCAAUCUCAAGGGUCGGCGUAA